AGUAGGGGAAUCCCCACGCAUAUAAGACAGGAUAUGAAGGGGUCCCGUCCUUAGUUUAUCACAAAGUAUAGUCGUUUAGUCAUCGGCGGAACCCUUUUUCUCGCACUCUUUAUCUUCGAUUCUUUUCUCGAGCCUAUCUCGAUAUCGCGAUACACAUAUAUCGCGAUUAUGUUUUCUCUGCGAUCUUUGUGCCAAGAAAGUUGCCGGUCUUUGAGCUAAAGUACACGCUCCUAAAUACGAGUGCCCUGUCACAUAAUCAGAACGAGAAAGUGAAGAGUGUCGUGUCUCUCGAGAGAAGAGUACAGCCAGAAUGACCUUCACAAGGGUAGCUACCAUCCUGCUUCUGGGACUCUAUUCGAGCAUCUUACUAGUGUCCUGCAAGGAUCAGAACGUUACGGAAGUCAACGUUAAGGAAGCCAACGUUAAGGAAGCCAACGUUAAGGAAGCCAACGUUAAGGAAGUCAACGUUAAGGAAGUCAACGUUACGGCAGCCAACGUUACGGUGCUCAAUGAGCCGGAUUUCGCCACUCCCGAGUACAUAUUACCGUGUAGCAGAAAAGAUCCAAAGAUCGACUCGUGCUUUCUUGGCACGCUCAACCAUAUUCAACCAUACCUGGUGAAAGGUAUUCCUGAGCUAGAAUUGCCUUCAAUCGAACCAUUAGUAAUUCCCGAAUUAAAGAUAGAAAAUGGCCAAGGACCGGUGCGUAUUAGAGCGUUUUUUACUAACAUCACUGCGAUAGGACCAGGAAACUACAGCAUCAACAAAGUACGAGUGAAUAUAUCAUCGUACAGGAUCGAUCUUCAUAUAUCGUUACCUAAAAUUGAAGUUCAUGGAAAUUACGAUAUCAACGGGAACGUACUUCUUUUUCCCAUACAAAGUCACGGAAAUUUUUGGGCCUUAUUUGGUGAUGUAGAGGCAAUCGGUCGCAUACAGGGUGUCGAAGAAAUAAGGGAUGGCAUUCGUUACAUGAGAAUUUCCCGAUUGCUGAUCGACUUCAGCCUCGGCCGAGUCAGAUUUCGCAUAAUGGAUCAUCUAAACGGCAACAACGUGAUCGGACAGGCAAUGAAUCAAUUUCUAAAUCAGAAUGCCAAAGAGAUAAUCGAAGAAAUGAGACCGGCGGCUAGUGCUAGUAUUGCCAAACAUUUUAAAGAAUUUUUAAAUUCCGCUUUCAGCAAAUUGCCCAUGAAAAUCUGGAUGCAUGAUACGUAAUAGUAUUCGAUUUUCAAUAGCGUAUUAAGUUCACACACAAAAAUUCACGCAACUUUAGUUUUUUUACAUUUACAAGAGUUGGAAGUACAAAUUAGAUUGUCAUUUUAAUGUCCAGUGUUAACAUUUUUCAAAAAUUAUCACAUUAUUUUAUAUCAUUCAACAAUAUCAUUAUUUUUAUGAUAAACUUCGUAUUUAGAAUUUGCAAAAUAAGUAAUAAUAAAUUUAAAUCGACAGAGUGAGAUCGACUUUCAAAUGUUAUUUUAUGGCAUUAAAAUUAAGUUUGAUUAGGAAUUAAUUGAUAAAUGAUACAUAUGUAAUACGUAAUU